AUGAGAAAAGCAAAGUGUACCUCACUGAGAACGAUCUUUUUGUCCGAAAAAGACCUAAAUUUUGAUUGCGUGCCCAGAGGGAGCAGGCUGAAACAGGCGGAGCGAGAGGGGAGAGUCCAAACCUUAGACCUGGCCACCAAUCACUCCAGCGAGGAUGUCCUAAGCAUCCUAAAAUCAAAAUUUCCGACGCUACGUAAUGAACUGGAGUUGCCAAAGAGACUUCAGUUCCUUCAGCCAGGGGCACAAGGCAACAACGGCUGGAAUGUUGCCUUUUACGGGGUCCCUACUGGCCAGGAAAUUUACCAUGCGUUUAAUCGAACGAAAAGGAUGUAUUUCUGUCUAAGGACAAAAGAUUUAAGCAGCAGCACCACCCCAACACCAGCCACAAGUGAUGAAGGUGACGACAGCGAUGAAUAUAAUCAACCACUAAGCACUCAAAUAAAGAAAAAAGAGUCCUCUAAAGUCCUUAGUAUAAACCCUCCUGGAAAAGGCAAGAAACCUGACAAGCCCUCUAAAGUCCACCUCAGAGGUAGUCCAUCUUCAUCCCCUUCUAGUGGGGAUGACCUUGUACCUGUUCUUGAAUACAAGGAAGUCAAAGAGAAGAGCGAGUUGAAUGCCCUUAGCAACCCUGGAAAGGGAAAAUCAACGGAUCCCUCUAAAGUCCAUGACAGAGAUCCAUCACCCUCCUCCAGCGAUGAAUAUAAUCAACCCCUCAGCACUCCCAUAAAGAAAACAGCGUCCUCAAAAGGAGAAUUCUUAAAGGAAAUAAAUUUGCACUCAAGUUUUGGAGUUGUUGUUGGAACAGUAAGGGAGGAUGAGUAUGAGUUUGGUUUUCUGAACCAAAGCAUCACAAAGGGCCAGAUGUGGUAUCACACACAGGCACUUGGGGACCUGUGUGUGGUACUCGAAAAUUACCUUCAGGCAUGUAUACAAGCCAAGUACUCUGGCAGAUCAUUGCUUAUCUGCUCAGGGGUUGAACCAGAUGAGCCAGCCAACUACAUGCUGGCAAGUUUCUUCAGGGAUGUCGAAGACUUGGAGGUCAAACCUCUGCUAUGUGUGUGUUUCGAAGGCACAGAUGAUGAGAGGGCAGUAUCCAGAAAUCAUGGCCAUGGGAGGGAACCAAUACUGUUGGUGUUGCGUGCUAUUGGUUCCAACCUAGGAGUUGUUGCCCGUGCAGAAGAUGUCAAUCUCAGCACUUUUGAUGGAAGGGUCAUCCUCAAAGCCCUAAGCAUAAAGGAAAAAAAGGAAAAAAAAAAGAGAAGGAAUAAAGACAACAAGAAAACUGUUGAUCACAAGACUGGCUAUGAUCCUGACAUGGAUUCUAAAUCAGAUACGGGCGAAGAGCAUGAGGUUCACUUCAAAAGUGAAUUGUUGCAGACUUUCAUAGGGGGCAAUGACACCACAAUAGAAGAAAACAACAAGCAACUCAUGAAAAGAAAAGCUAGGGGCAAAGCAAGCAGAAAAGCAAAGAAGUUCAACAAGGGGAAAGAUAUUUAGUAGUUGACACCAAAAUUGGCAGUAGAUCAGUAAUUAUAAAUGAGUAGUUUAGUUAGAUACUCAAGACCUCAUCAUCAUUUUAGUUGCACUUGUACCAAAGCUAUUGAACCAAAGCUAUUGAGUUUUUUUCACAAUAGAAAAUAUAGGACAAAAAUGAAAA